AUGGCAUCCCACGAUCAUACCCAGGGCCCGGGUCCCGUCUCCGCAGAGAUUAAGCGUCGCAGCGUGAGCCCAUCACCCCACGCCCAACAACAAUAUCACGACCCAACCGCGGGUCUAGCCCUGGGCCCCUCCAUGUCAGCCGCAUAUGGGACAAAUCCGCCAUUUGAUAAUUCCAAUGCCGACCCCAGCAUCAGCGGCACCGAAUCUUACGGUUACUCGGCGAAUUACCUCUCGGGGCUUCCGCCUCAGAGCUUGGCCCCUCCAUCUAGUCAGCCUUUCCCACCAACGCCGAAUACAACCAACAUCGCGAUCUCGCAAUCGUUUGACCCGAACAUGGUGGAACAGCUAGACCCAGGAGUGUCGGGCUUGCAAACGGGACAACUCACCGAGAAUUUCUCCAAUCUGCUCAAUUCAAGCACCGGGGAGCUGGAUUUCUCAGCGUACCAGAACCAUAGCCCUCACAGUGCUAGUGCAUCCGAGUAUGAUUCGUCGCUGAUGCUGGAUCCACAAAUGCACCAGCACCAGCAGGCCAUGCACCAAGCGGUCAAUCCAGCUGAUCUCAUUAGCCCUAUCUCCAAUCCCUCUGCAUCCUCACGCCCACCGUCGCAAGACCCACAGCAGUCAUCCCCCGGGCCCAUGUCACCUCCGGGGGGAACUCCCGGAGCAUACUAUACUCCGCAGCAUUCGCGGCAUACCUCGUUGGAUCCAGCUACGGCCGCCUAUCUCAGUGCGCAGUCGAGCCAGGAUUGGCCGUCUAUGAUAAACAAUAGCGCCUUCCAGAGCCAUCGCAGAGCGCCGUCAGAGGUCUCAGAGGUCUCGUCGGCCAAUCACUCACCCUACUUGGCUCAGCAUGAUUACGAUGCUAUUGAAAACAACACUUCGCCAUCCCUUGCUCCACAGAAUGAUCCGGCUCUAUACGAUAAUGCUCUCGGCAUUGAGCAGUUUACGCUGUCAGAGCAGCACCAGCAGGGCUUCAGCCCCGCCCACAGCCCAUAUAUUUCGCCGCGACUCAUGCCCCAACAGGGCACUGAUAUGGUUCCUAGUAUCCAGUAUACCUCGGCUAGCAACCAGUUCCCACCUGCGCCGAUAGAUAUGUAUGAAAUGCCUGGUGAUGAUAUGAUGGGAUCGCACCCCGCAGGCGACAUUGGUCAAGCCUCCCAGAUGGCGCCUCCAUCGAUUAACGUGGAAUUUGCUCCCCCAUCUCGAAGCCCAAGCUUCGGCCCAAGCUUCGGCCCACCCAAGCCAGUGGCUGAUCUGGACUCCUUGAGUCCCCCCGCAAUGAGACCCCGUGUACGCAGCAAGUCAGAUCCUUACGCACACCCUGCUUCUCGUCAAAGAUCCCCCGCGACUUCAACAACCAGUCUCGAACCCCUUGCCCCUACUUCCCCCCGAUCACUAUCGCCUCACUCGCGUAGCAAUCCUGGCUCCCGUGACGUGUCUCCGUCAAGGUCUAAUAGACGUCUUUCGACAUCAUCCAUCGAGAGUCGCAAUUACAUUCUAGAUCUGGCUGACCCCGGACGCCCUGGUGCAGCUCCCGGUGACUCGAAGCGCGUCCAGAAACACCCUGCCACUUUCCAGUGCACUCUAUGCCCUAAGCGGUUCACUCGAGCAUACAACCUGCGCUCGCAUCUCCGCACCCACACCGACGAACGACCAUUUGUCUGUACAGUCUGCGGCAAAGCCUUCGCUCGUCAACACGACCGCAAGCGCCACGAGGGCCUGCACUCUGGCGAAAAGAAAUUCGUCUGCCGCGGUGACCUUGCCCGGAGCGGCCACUGGGGCUGCGGCCGUCGAUUCGCGCGUGCAGAUGCCCUCGGCCGCCAUUUCAGAUCCGAGGCGGGCCGUGUCUGCAUCAAGCCGCUACUCGACGAAGAGUCUCAGGAACGUGAUCGCAUCUUGGCCGAACACCAACAGCAGCAGCAGCAACCUGCCGGCCACCUGCAACCCGUCCCUCAGCCACUCGUCAUGCCCGGCGUUCCAGGCAUGGACGGCCAAACUUCGGGUAACUUCGUUCUUCCUGCAGCUCUGCUUGCGCAAUACCCAGCACUGCAAACGCUGCAAUGGGACCAGCUCGCCGCAGCGGGCGAUGACCCCAGUGACAUCGGUGGCCGGAGUAGCUUCGACGCCAGCUCUGGAGGCGAAUUCGGCUUUGACGACGACGAGUCCGGCAUUAGCAGUGUGUCGGGCAUAAGUGGUGGAUAUGGAAAUAACCAGGGCACCAUGUACGGAGGUCAGAUGCUUGGGAUGAAUCCAGGGGAUCCUGGAUACUGA